UAGGGUAACGUUUUGAUGAAGUAGCAGAGAGGGGCAGAAAGUCUGUCGGUCAACACUGCAAUUUCCCCAAUCAAUGAACUCAACACACAUUUUCUUUAUCUUUUCACAAAUAUGGACCCCCUUCAACCAAUCUUAUCGUAAUUCUUUGAAAAAAUUGCAUCUUUGGACUCCCAUUUUCUUAAUUGGAAAAUGGUUGAAAGGAAUUUUGAAAAGGAUGUUUUAGCCUGAGCGUACAUUGUCCACUAUUAUAUAUGUAUGCAACAAAGAAAUCUCAUGGCGAAUUACAUUAGUUGAAGAGUUAUUGAAGCCACAUGAAUCUGACUCAAUCAAGUAUGGCCAAUUGUGUUUUCAGUUUCCUAAUUAUGGCCUUCUAUAUGAUGUUUGGGCUAUCAUCUUCUUCAUCCAUUAAUCAGGAACGACAGUCUUUGCUCCGCAGUGGUUGGUGGAAUGAUCAUCCAAAUAUCUCAAACCAUUGUUAUUGGGAGGGUAUCUCUUGCAAUGAAGCUGGAAGUGUUACUGAAAUUGUCAGAGGUCCGUUGAGAAUUCCUCCAUCAAAAGAAUUGCUUUGGAUUCAGAAUUUGAACAUCACUGUCUUUCCCAGUUUACUCAUUCUGUAUCUAUCUGGAAUGGGUCUCAGAGGAACCAUCCCCACAGAAAUAACCACACUUACAAACCUUACUUCUCUUGUCUUGUCUAAGAAUCAUCUCCAUGGUUCAAUACCACUGCAACUUGGUAACUUGACACAAUUGCAGACAUUAUCUCUCUUUGAUAAUUUUCUAGCAGGUUCAAUCCCAUCUACAUUGGGUCAUCUAAAUAAUUUAAACACUCUUUAUCUUGAUUCAAACAAUCUUGAAGGUAGGAUUCCUGCAGAAUUGGGGAAUUUGACAAAAUUACAGACUUUAUAUCUUUCUCAUGAUUUAUUUACAGGUUCAAUUCCCACUACUUUAGGUCAAUUAGAGAACUUGACCCACUUCUUUUUUCAAUAUAAUCAAAUUACUGGUCCUAUACCUGUAGAAUUUGGAAAUUUCAAAAGAUUACGAAGAUUAUAUCUGUCAAAUAAUUUCCUCAACGGUUCCAUUCCUCCCAGUUUAGGUCGUUUGGAGAAUUUGGUACUUCUCUUCCUUGAUUCUAACCAAAUAGAAGGCCACAUCCCUCAAGAAUUAGGGAACUUAUCCAAUUUACAAGUUUUACAACUUUCUCAUAAUAAGAUUUCGGGUUUGGUACCUCCAAAACUUUUACAAAUGGAUAAGAUGUUCUCUUUAAAUCUCUCAUCAAAUCUGUUGUGUGGUUCAAUCCCUAUAGAAACCGUGAAAUGUCCUUAUUUUGGAGUAAUUGAUUUAAGCCACAACUUGUUUAAUGGAAGCAUAACCUCUCAAAUUGGUUGUGUCAAUGACCUUAAUCUUAGUCAUAAUUUUCUUGUUGGUGAGAUUCCAUUUCAUUUUAGAACAAGCUUCAUACUUAGUCGAUUGGAUCUUAGUUAUAAUAAUUUUUCGGGCAAAGUACAUAAAGAACUUGCUAAUCUAUCAUACAUAAACCUUGCAUACAAUUCCUUUGACUUCUCACAAGACCUUGACUCUAAACCAAAGGUACCAGAUUACUGUUCUUUUAAGGAAGACUCAUUAAUUGAUGAUCACUACAGUCCCAAUUUCACAUAUUGCCACUUGCUCAAUGAGACAAAUCCUCAAAAUAGAAAAAAUAAGCCCAUCAUUGUGUUAAUUGUUCUUCCAAUCAUUUUCUUCAGUGUUGUAAUACUCCUUCUAAUAUUAUAUUUCCCAAUAUGUAUUCCUAAGAAAAAAUGUGAAGGAAUAUCAACACAGAAUGGAGACUUGUUUUCCAUAUGGAACUAUGAUGGUAAAAUUGCAUUUGAGGAUAUCAUUGAAGCAAUUGGGACUGGUGCAUACGGUAGUGUAUAUAGAGCAAAAUUGCCUAGUGCACACAUUGUUGCAUUAAAAAACUCCACCAUAUGGAAUCUCAAAAUCAUCAUUUAACAAAAUUUUUCGAAAUGAGGU